CAGAUCUGUACUCUUCGCUACGAUUCAACAUGGCGUCUCCGAUCGCCUUUCGUCAUGGGUUGAAAAAUGCCGGUAGAUUAACGAAUCUUCUUUCUUUAACGCCAAAAGUAUGUUAUUUAUAUGAAAAUAGUUAUAUUUAUGGAUUACUUCUGGUUUUAAAGGGAUAAAACUUCCUUCUUUGCUUUAAAAAGUUUCAAAUUUGUUUGUACUUUUGCAGGGUAAAACCGGCAUAUUGGCCUGUAAGAGGUACGGAUCAACAGCUCUAUCAUAUGAACAAGUGAGUGAUCAUUUCUUUGAUAAAAAACAUUUAUCAGUGAUUUAAUCCUCGUAUGUGUCAUUUCCCUAGAGAAGAAGGUGCUAUUUCCUAAACAUUACACUGAAAUACAGAAAAGUUUGAGUCUGUACAUGUAAAUCCGUAUGUCCUGCCUAUCUGACUGACCUUUAAAUUAGACUAAACCGAAACAAUUUCCCCCGAGAACGAGUUUGUAAUUUACUUAACUAACUAAGUAUAAUCUUCUAGGAAGUAAUGUGCGAACUGGAAACUUAAUUCAUCCACCCUUUGAACACAGCCCUCACUAAGAGGGUUAUCCUGUUUGUCUACUGAAUCUGUGGUGCUCGUCACUUUCAACCCCUCCACCCCCCUCCCCCCUCUCCUCCAACCCCGCAGAUUUAAAGGUGGAUUCUCAAUACUGCAAUACAGGUUGUUAUUAUAAUUUCAGUUCUGAGAAUUUUGAUAUUAAUUAAUCAAAUGUUUAGAUUUUUCUUCUUGCAAUCUUUCUGUAUGAGAAGGAAUUGCUUGUUUAGAUAUAAUUUUUUUUGGUGAUUCAUGGUAUUGAAUGGGUUUAAGAACUCAGUUUUUCUUUUUUUUUAUCAACUUAAAUAAGUUAAUUAUUGAAAUAUAAUUGUUUCCUCGAAUGUGGGGCUCCUAAUUCCACUAAGAGAUUAAAAGUCUUUUUCAUCAUUCUGUUCAGGACAUAGGUUUAUUUGCAACUUGUAUCAAUCAUCUUGUCAACGUUUUGAGCCUCAGCCAGAUUUUAUAAUAGUGCUCUAUAAUUUUGGAAGUAUUCAUAAAUUGUAUGUCAGAGUUUACUCUAUGUCCAUUUGAUUAUUUGUUAAGGAAGUUUCUUCCAUCAGCAUAAUUGAUCUUAUUUCUUUCUACUCCAACAGUCUUUGUACAAUGUACCUGAGACUAAAGUUACCACACUUGCCAAUGGCUUGAGGGUUGCUACUGAAGACUCAGGGCUUUCAACAGCCACAGUAUGUGGAUAAUUUUUUUGUAUAGAACUUGUUAGUAGACAUGUAACCUUACAGAGAUUUAAGUUGUAUUUGAAGGACUAAAAAUUAAUUGAUCCUAGGUAAUUUGAAUUAGGUUUAGAAAAACUUCAUUUGUUCCUUCCUGAUGUACUGAAUAGUGACAAUCAAGUGUAAAUUGACAGUCUUGAAUUUGAAAUUUAUCCUGCAUGUAGAUCCUUGGAAGUUUCAAGGAUCAUGAACUGAAGAAUUUUGCGAUAACCACUAUUAGAGGUUUUGGAAAAAAGUUUUAUUAUCCAAUGCAUGACCAUAACAAAGGGCAAGGCUCUCAUCAGCUUACUUCCUUUACCCACAUGUGGUUCUGAACAUAAAUGCAGUAGCAUUGCCAUUUAGAUCAGUCAUCUUUUAUCUUGUGUAGCUGAUUCUGGAGUUUUACAUUCUUACCACAUGGACAUUAACGUAAUUAUUCCUUCUUUGGUUAAUAAUACAAGGAUUAGCUACCAUGUUUAGUUAAUUUACUGGUCACAAUGAUUUUGUAUGUAUAAUAGAAGGAAAUUUAAACAUUUGAUGUCAUUUUCAUAGGUGGGUUUGUGGAUAGAUGCUGGUAGUAGAUUUGAAACAGAAAAAAACAAUGGAGUUGCACAUUUUUUGGAACACAUGGCAUUUAAGGUUUGUCCUUCCUUCUUUUUCUCCUCAGAUCUAAUUUGCGACCUGUUUCGUUUCUCUUUCCUUUAUCAUGUUUUCUGCUAUUGUUUUUGUGGAUUGAUAUUUUUUGAAAAAAACUAAUUAAAAGUUGUCUACCAUUGGAAAAAUUACCAGCCUCAUUAUCAUAAUCAUCAUUAAGACAUCACUCUUCCAAAUAAAUAUUUCUUGGGACUUCCUGUUUAAGCAAAAAUCUGGACACAGUCUCACCAGCCCUAAUAUAAAGAGAUAUAUUUUGCCAUGUGUUAUAUUUUGUACAAUCAUGGGACCCCUUGUGACAUGGAAGAUUUCUUAGACUAUAAGUAAUUUUUUUUAUCAUUUGGCUCUCAGGGUACAAAGAAUCGCUCACAGAUGGAUCUUGAGCUGGAGGUAGAGAACAUGGGAGCUCAUUUGAAUGCCUACACUUCUCGUGAACAGACUGUGUAUUAUGCUAAGGUCUUUAGCCAAGACAUUCCUAAAGGUGAAGUGUUUUACAACAUGUAUGAGGGCUGUAUUUGCUGAUCUGUACUGUUGCUCUAUCUUGUUCAUGUUUCUUUCCUUUAUCUUAUCUUUUUGUUGGCAGUUGUAGGGAUAUUGUUGCAAGAAAAAUUUUUAAGGUCUCUCACUAGAAGUGAAAGAAUUUGACUGAUUUCAUUAGCUUUGAAGAUUCUAAAUUAUGCCUAGCACCUUAUAAGAAUUCUUAUUUUAAGAAAUCCUAAGUGAAUAAAGAUCAUUUAAACUUAUAUCUGUCACUAAUCUUGUGAUCUAAGGCUGUAGCUUAAUUAAAUUAAAAAUAAAACCAGGUAGAUUUGCAUGCUCUGUUCCAGUUGUGUCCAGAAAUGCAUGCAGUAAUGAAAAUGGCAGAUUGAAGGGGUUAAUGUAUGGUAUCUUGAACAAAGGAGAAAGCAAAUCAAACUAGUUUGAAAUCUUUUUAACGUGAACUUUAUUUUUUUUCAAAAUUCUAACUUCUACAUGCAAAUGUAAUCAAAUGUGCAUGAAAUUUUCAGCUGUGGACAUCCUGGCUGACAUUAUUCAGAAUUCAACUUUGGGUGAGGCUGAAAUUGAAAGAGAGAGAGGCGUGAUUCUACGUGAAAUGCAGGAAGUUGACACCCAGUUAGAAGAAGUGGUGUUUGAUCAUCUCCAUGCCACAGCCUACCAGGGAACCCCACUUGGAAGAACAAUUCUUGGGCCAACUCAUAAUGUCAAGUAAGUAAACUCAAUUGAGUUUAUUGACCCUUAAACCUCUAAGAGUGACAAGUAUCUUAUUUCACCAUACAAUAUCACCCCUGGAUCACACAUUUAAAGCACAAGACUAAUGGUAGUGAUCAGCUGCUAAAGAAGCUCUUGAUUGUUUAACAAAUUCUCCUUGUCAGCACUUAAUAAAUGUAUAUAUAACAGUAUGAGAAUAUGUUUAUUGAAAUUAGGGUGUAAAGGGUCAAAUCCAAACAAAAGAAAUUACAACAGCAAUCACACCCUCCUCUCACUUGCGUGGUGUUCGUUAUAGUUUUAAUGUUAUUUUACCUGCCUAUAGAUGUUUUGUGAAUAAAGCAGGCUGUUGUUAGUAGAUCUGUUUAGAGUUGUGAUGUCAGCAACAGGCAUAUGUCUUGUUGAUUGAUGUUAGUAAAUUGUAAAGGGAAAAGGUAACUGAAAGUGAUGCUUUGUAAUAUUACGUCAGGGUUGUAAAAUAAUAAUUGAAAAGGAAAAGAUAAAGAAAAGAUAAAGAAAAGGAAUGAUUAAUCAGAUAAAUAACAAGUGUAACAUCAGCAAGGAUUAAUGAAAACAGAAAAAUUAAACAAGCAGACUGCCUGCCACAUGAAAGAAUGUUAUAGCCAUUACUGUAACAGUACAUACACCUAAGAGACCUUUCCUCUGUUACUGAGGUGGAGAGUUUGUUUGACUUUCAGGAGAUUUCUAAAUUAAUGAUCAUUUCCUUUAUUCUCAUGACCUCAACAUUUUGUUCAAGGGGAAUACUGUGAGGAAAAAUUGGAAGCCAGUCACUCUUGUGGGUUAAAGGAUUAAUACUAAAGAUAGUUUUUAACAUGUAGGUGUGUUUGAGUUCAUUUUGAUUUAAGUGUUGAAAGAGUAAUGGUAACGUUUUUUGCUCAUUUUCUAGGACUAUAACCCGUGAUGAUCUUGUAGAAUAUAUCAGCAAACACUAUAGUGCUCCAAGAAUGGUUCUUGCGGCAGCUGGAGGUAAAUACUUUCUUCCUUACAGUAUACUUUUUUCACUGAUUCAGUCUGGAGAAGUGAAUUCAUAAAAAGAGGCUGUUUGUCUUCUCUUCACUGUGAAUUUGUCUUGGUCUAGGUGUGGAUCAUGAUGCUCUGGUCAAGCUUGCAGAACAAAAUUUCAGCGGUUUAAGAUCAACCUAUGAAUCACAAGAUGUGGUCAACCCAUGCAGGUACACAGGCAGUGAGGUAAGUUGACUCUAUCAGGCACAAUAUGAUAUGGUUUUAUCCACUGAGUUGACAAUGUAUCUCUCCUCUGAUCAAGGGCUAAUCCUCCAAACAUCAGCUUUAGAAACUCUUAAUAGUAGAUAAAACUACAUUUUCUAGUAAUACACCACCCCCCCCCCAAGCAAUGCAGCACCACAGUUUCUUUAGAAACUUACCACCUUUAUUCAUUUAUAAGGCACAGAGGCAUAGACCCAAAAUGGUCCAAAAUAAACUUUUUCACACAGGUGGCAAGUGCUCAUUAAACAGAUUUGUUUUAAUUACUAGAUGGAUCAAUUAAGUGGCCAGAAAAGUGUGAUUUGUAAAUUUCUUUCUGCAGUUGUAUAUGCAAAAAAAGCCAGUUUCUCUACUCAUUAACAAUCACCCUUUUAAGUGAAGUGAAAAGACAAAUGAAAAAUGCUCCUUUGUGAAGUGCUAGUUCACUUAAAAGAUCAUUUACAUAGCUUUAAGUUCAUCGCUUCUGGGGACUAGCGAUAUUCUAGUUGCCAGCAACUUUAUUAUCAUUUUUAACACAUGUAGGUUAAAAAUUGUUAUUGAUAUACAAUUAUUAAUGAAGAUUUUUGAAUGAUAGAUUCGUGUCCGUGAUGAUGACAUGCCAUUGGCCCAUGUAGCUCUCGCUGUUGAGGGAUGUGGCUGGACUCAUCCUGACUACUUUGGCCUGAUGGUUGCCAAUAUGGUAGGUUGUGCUUGAACAUGUUUAACUGUGUCAUUCCUAAUAUUGUGAUAAAAUUAUAAUCAAUAAUCAGUUUUGAUGUAAUUUGCUUUUUGGGAAAAGUGCAAGGUAAGGUGAAUUAAAAUUUUUUACAUUAUAUCUCCCAAAGAAAAGCAUAAAUCUGAAUGAAUUGUCAUUAUGAUUUCUUGUGAUCGCCCGCAGUUGCUAAUAAAGAAAUUGCAAUACGAAAAAUAAUUUACUGAAGAAUUGUAAGAAAUAUAUCAAUGACAAGUCCUUGUCUCCAUUUCUCUUGUACAUGUUUUUUCCAUUUAGAAAGUUUCCUCUGUUUUUUUCUUUUUUAAUGUAGUUGAUUGGUAGCUGGGAUAGAUCAUUUAGUGCUGGUAGAAACAUCAGCAGCAAACUUGCCCAGGUAAGAUGGCAACUAUGAUCUAAAUAUCAUACUUGCUAUAUUCCACGAAGAAUUUUGAGAGAAAUCAAACAAUUUCCAGUAUACAUCCAUUUAAUAAUGCAUUGAUGUUGUAUAGUUUGAAAAACUCUGUUAUUUUGACAAGAAUUGCACUGAAAACUGAAACUUAGUGAAAACCAAUAAGUGGCUAAAACCCUAUUUGUUUUUAUUCUUUUUUCUGUUUUUUUUUUUCCAGGAUAUGGUGGAGUAUAACUUGGCUCACAGCUUCAUGUCAUUCAACACAUGUUACACAGACACUGGACUCUGGUUAGUGCUGUAACUUCCCCACCCUACCCACCCCCACCCCCUCCUUGACCCCUUUUGACGUUUGAGCAUCCAAGUAACUGUCUGCAUUUAGAUACAUUCUGUUCUUUUAUUCCAGGGGUGUUUACUUUGUUGCUGAUAGAAUGAAGAUUGAUGAUACAACGUAUUGUAUUCAAAAAGAAUGGUAAGCCUUUACGUCGUCCUCUCGGGAAAAAAUGAAAGUCAGUAGAAAGUAUCUAAGGGCAAUGUUACCUGCUCGAAAAAUAGCGACAAACGGGGCUUGUUGUCAACAGCAGCUACUAUCACCCCUAUGACACCGACCUUUAAUAUAGAUACCACAGACAGACCACAUCAUGUGUUCGUGGUUUAUAAGUGUUUUUCAUGAGACUAACAAAAUCUAUGACUUACCAUCAUCUGUUCAGGUCCCUUUUAACCAAUCUGAGCUCAUCGUCAAGUUCUCUGUAUCUUGGUUGGCAGACUAGCAUAUUGCGAAAUCUUAAGAUCUGGGGUUCGAAUUCUUACGCCUUGCUGAAGGAUUCAUUUUUCCUGUCCUUCGUGCUGUAGGAAAUGUGCUUUUAUAACAACCGAAAAACUGGAACUGUGUGGGUCUUUAAUCCUCACGAGGGAUAAAAAUGUCUUGGUUUUCUACGUUCGUGACAAAAUUCCAUUGUAUUACUAAAAAAUUUGGUUUUUAUUGUGCUGAUUUUCGCUGUGUUUAGGAUGCGUAUCUGUACCAGUGUGACCGACCAUGAGGUGGCUCGUGCCAAAAAUCUGCUGAAGACCAACAUUCUAAUGCAGCUAGAUGGUAUGUUUUGUUGUUUUUUUUUUCUUAGUGAAGAAGAAACAAAAUAAUUGAAAAAUGCCUUCGGUAUAAUAACAACACAUUCAUGUUUAACUCUUUUCACACAAUGGUAGUUUCGUGGACAAUUUGCCAGUUGCAUCCGAGUUGUAACCUCGUGUGACGCGCUGGUGUUAACGUUGCCUUUACUGCCCGAGAUAAAUCCUUGUUCGUGUAUUUCUCUUUAAAAACAUAGUAAGGCGGAAAGAAAAGGAUUUAAGUUACGUAGGGUUUUUUUUUUUUAACAAGUUUUCUUUCUUUCCAUAGGAUCGACUCCGAUUUGCGAGGACAUCGGACGGUUAGUCAUUUCUGUUUAAUUUUCGUUUUGUUUUUUCGGUUCUACUGUGGCGAGAGUACUGUGUAGCUUACGUAAAUUUAAACUUAAAUUAUAUUGUUAUGGUUGAUUCCACAGACAAAUGCUGACAUAUGGCCGCCGUAUUCCCCUCCCUGAGCUCGACAAACGAAUUGAGGUGAGUUCAUCAUUGGAUUUCCCUUUGCCCCUAAGAGUGAUUGGCUUCUAAUUUCUCCGUACCAGUCUUGAAUUAAAUGUAAGGGUCAUGAGAAUAAAAGAAAUGAUCACAAGCUAAGAGGCGUGUUAUUAGGAAGAGGGAGCUUUCUUAAAAGUAAAGUUUAUCAUGAGGACCCGUCAGCGUCCUGUAGGAAUUAGAGAUUGUGCCGGUUUGUGAAUACAAGUGAAAAAGUGAUCUUCUCAGCUGAAAACAAAAAUUGAGCUUCGACAAGUUUCGAACCCAGGCCUCCUUAGGUGGGCGCCUCUACCAACUGAGCGACGAAGCUCCACGUCGAGAGCGAGGAAAAUUUUGAUGGGUCGUCGUUCCCGUGAGAAAAUCUUCACGCAGCCCAUCUGCAAUGACCAUUUAUUUACUUGUUCAUCUACUGCUGGUCAAAAUUUAAUUUACAGAUUUCAUUUUACUGCUGCUGAUUUACAUCUGCAUUAACUUCUUUCUGUAGAUGGUUGACGCCAAGAUGGUGAGGGAUAUUGCCACAAAAUAUAUCUACGAUCGCUGCCCGGCCGUGGUUGGUGUUGGUAAGAAAAUUCUCCUCCUAUUUUACAAAUUGUCGCAAAUACUUUGGGAGACUGAUAUGAAAGUGUCACUUUCGAAAUCAAAUUUUAUAAUACCGCAAGCGCUUCAUUCAGGGGCUCUCUCCUUAAAUCUCCAAGAGAAAAAUAACCCAAUAUCUGAUUCCUUUUUUUGUUUUGUUUUGUUUUUUUUUGUUUUAUUAUUUCACUAUUUUUAAUUUGAAUCGGCAUAUCAAGAUUUAUCGUUUUUCAGGUUUUCUUCCUUUGUUUUGUUUUAUUUUUUAGUAUAGUUUAGUUUAGUUUAGCAGGUAAUUUAGUGUUAACAACUGAGUUGAAAACGUAAAUUAGCCACUAUGAAGGGUAAAAAAAGCUGACGUUUCGAGCGUUAGCCCUUCGUCAGAGCGAUUCAACUCAGUUGUUAACACCAAAUUACCUUCUAUACUCUCCCACCGACGCAGCACCACAGUUUCUUUAGAACCUUACCCCUUCAUAGUUUAGUUUAGUUUAGAUUUGUUUUGUUUUGUUUUAUUUCUUUUUUGUCUAGUCUAGUCUAGUUUAGUUUAGUUUCGAAAAGCAAUGAUUUAAAACGGGGUAAGAAACUCUUGAACCUGUAGUAGGCUGUAGCAUUGUUAUUGUUAGGUAUUGCAUCACUCAGUUAUUACCUCAAUUCUGUAAUGAUGAGUUAGAAUUAGUUUUUAAUAGAAGAAACACGCGAAUUAAAGAUAGGGAACGUCGUCAUAAGCUAUUAGAAUCGACGUACACGUUAAUUUGCUGACACAUUUUUUCAUGUUUAUCGACAAACCGUAUUUCCUGGAUUAAGCGUCCACGCUCUAAUCAGUACCCUCCCCCGAAUAAGCACCCACCCUCUCUUAAAGUAAAAUAAGCGCCCCUCGCGAUCAUGGAUACGAGGAAAACCUGUAGGAUUACAAUGAAACGUGUUUCUGUUGUCACUUAACUUAAAACCUUAAAGCCUCAACUACAGCAGAAUCAGUUCGGGCCAAAAGUUCCUCAAUAACCGGCCCCCUUGAUGAAACACUCUCUUUCCAAAAGCGGCCUUCCUUGAAACCCAAAUUUUAAAUAAGUGAAUAGGCACCCGGGGACUUAUUCGAGGAAAUUUAGUACACGCUAAUUUGCGUGACAUAUUUUACCCGGUUUAUCAAUUAGUUAACCCUUUAACUCCCAGAGGUGAUUAACAUGUAAACAAGUAGUGAGAAUACUCGAACUUAUCAAGUAGAAGUUGUUAUCUUGAUCAUACACCAAAUUCUCUUAAUUAAUUUGUGAGGAAAUGAUUAGCAGCUUGAGGGGAGAAUUAACAAUCAGAUCUUGGGAGUUGAAGGGUUAAUGUAUUCAUACGAAUUAACUUCUUCGCCGAUUUGCGUGACAAACUCAACCGUUUUUAAUUAUUAGUCAAGUUAUUCACGAGAAUCAACAUGAACACUAAUUCGCGUAACAACAUAAGCUCAAUCUUUAUUUUUAUCUUUUUUUUCGUUAAGGUCCCAUCGAACAGCUUCAUGAAUACAACAGAAUUCGAGGCUCUAUGUAUUGGUUGAGACUUUAA